GGGGGUGAUGCGCGCUUUCUUCAGUACCUCAAGGACACCAAUUCAUCCACCAUUAUAAUCAAUGUAUAACCGGUGAUUUCGGAGCAGGGUUACUACAUGCAUUGAUGGCAUAAGCUACAUCCGGACACGGUCAUAUAGGUUCCUUUUGCCCAAUCAGGUGACAUGGGCCUGUCUUUUUGUGGGAACGACAACAGUAGUAAUGCCUACAGCGUGGACAAUGGGGUCCUGGACAAUGGCUGCUUCGUGGACGCCCUCAACCUCGUCCCACACGUGUUUCUUCUCUUCAUCACCUUCCCUAUCCUUUUCAUUGGGUGGGGUAGUCAGAGUUCAAAGGUGCAGAUCCAUCAUAAUACAUGGCUGCACUUCCCUGGCCACAACCUGCGCUGGAUCCUUACCUUUACACUUCUGUUUGUGCACGUGUGUGAGAUUGCAGAGGGAAUCGUCUCGAACACGCAGAUGCAGUCAAAUCACCUGCACCUCUUCAUGCCAGCAUUUAUGGGCUUCAUAGCAGCCACCACAUCAGUUGUCUAUUACCAUAAUAUAGAAACAGCCAAUUUCCCCAAACUACUGCUGGCCUUAUUCAUCUAUUGGAUUCUGGCUUUCAUCACCAAGAUGAUUAAGUUAUGGAAAUUUGCAGAGGCGAGUUUGGGGGUGCAGUAUCUGCGUUUCUGUAUCACAGCUCUGCUGGUGGUGCUGUAUGGCCUGCUUAUGGCCGUCGAGAUCAACGUCAUCAGAGUCAGGAAGUACGUGUUCUUUGCGAGCCCCCAAAGGGUAAAGCCUCCUGAGGACUUGCAGGACCUGGGUGUCCGAUUCCUUCAGCCCUUCGUUAACCUCCUCUCCAAGGCAACAUACUGGUGGAUGAACCCCCUCAUCAUUGGUGCUCACAAGAGGCCUAUUGAGCUGAAGAAGAUUGGCAAGCUGCCUAUCGCUAUGAGGGCCCUUACCAACUAUCUGCAUCUGAAGGACGCCUAUGAGGAACAGAGGCAGACAACAGAGGACCCAGAGAAAUCCCCAUCUAUCUGGAGGUCCAUGUACCGGGCGUUUGGGCGGUCCAUUCUCCUCAGCAGUACCUUCCGAUACAUGGCUGACCUGCUGGGCUUUGCCGGGCCGCUUUGCAUCUCUGGGAUUGUGGAACACCAGGAUAAUAAAACAGAGGUCAUUAUGAACAAGACAGGGAAUAUGUUUUUGGGGGUCUACUUCAUGUCGUCCACUGAGCUUCUGCAGAAUACGUCUGUUUUAGCCGUUCUGCUGUUCCUGGCGCUCAUACUGCAGCGAACAUUCCUGCAGGCCUCUUACUAUGUCACCGUAGAAACUGGUAUUAACCUGCGCGGGGCGCUGCUUGCGAUGAUCUACAAUAAAAUUCUGCGUCUCUCCACCUCAAACAUGUCCAUGGGAGAGAUGACCCUUGGUCAGAUCAACAACCUGGUUGCCAUAGAGACUAAUCAGCUCAUGUGGUUUCUCUUCUUAUGCCCUAACCUAUGGGCCAUGCCAGUUCAGAUCAUUAUGGGAGUGAUCCUACUGUAUUAUUUGUUGGGUGAGAGUGCCUUGAUAGGGGCCGGGGUCAUUUUGCUGCUGGCCCCGUUUCAGUACCUCAUCGCCACCAAGUUGGCGGACACACAGAAGAGUACACUGGACUACUCAACAGACCGUCUCAAAAAGACGACGGAGAUUCUGAAGGGAAUAAAGCUUCUGAAGCUCUACGCGUGGGAGAACAUCUUCUGUGAUUGUGUAGAGGACACCCGAGAAAAAGAGCUGACCAGUCUGAAGACUUUCGCCCUCUACACAUCAAUGUCCAUAUUUAUGAAUGCAGCCAUCCCCAUUGCUGCAGUGUUGGCGACCUUUGUCACACAUGCCUAUAUUGAGGAUGUCAGGCUCAGCCCAGCUAAAGCGUUUGCCUCUUUGGCUCUGUUUCACAUCCUGGUCACUCCACUUUUUCUGUUGUCCACGGUGGUCAGGUUUGCAGUCAAGGCCAUGGUCAGUGUACAGAAGCUCAGCGAGUUCCUGCAGAGUGAUGAGAUUGGAGAUGACAGCUGGAGAAAUGGAGAUAUGUCCAUGCCACUAGAGUCCAGCAAGAAAUACAAAUACCCAGGGGAUACUAAAGCGAUUAACAGAAAGGGACGGUAUCGAAUGGAUAACUACGAGCAGCCCAUGCGCAGGCAGCUGAGGCCCACAGAGAAUGAGGAUGUCGCUGUACAGGUGAACGAUGGUUUCUUCACUUGGGGAAGCAACUUGUCAACGUUGUCAGAUAUCAACAGCCGAAUCCCAACAGGUCAGCUGACAAUGAUUGUGGGCCAGGUGGGUUGUGGGAAAUCAUCUCUGUUGUUGGCCAUGCUGGGAGAGAUGCAGACGAUCAGUGGGAAAGUCUACUGGAGCAAGCUGCCUGAUUGUGAGAUACUCCUCGAUGGGAACAUAAGUAAAAACAGGUAUUCUGUAGCCUAUGCAGCACAGAAGUCAUGGCUCCUGAAUGCCACCGUUGAGGACAACAUAACAUUCGGGAGUCCGUUUAAUAAGCAGAGAUACAAAGCAGUGAUUGAUGCCUGCUCACUUCAACCAGAUAUCGACCUCCUUCCUUUUGGAGACCAGACUGAAAUUGGAGAACGGGGUAUUAAUCUUAGUGGUGGCCAAAGACAACGGAUCUGUGUGGCCAGAGCUCUAUACCAGAACACCAACAUUGUUUUCCUGGAUGACCCGUUCUCCGCCCUAGACAUCCACCUCAGUGACCAUUUAAUGCAGGAGGGCAUACUCAAGUUCUUACAGGAUGACAAACGGACUGUGGUCUUGGUCACACAUAAGCUGCAGUAUCUUAUUCAUGCUGACUGGAUAAUAGCCAUGAAGGAUGGCUCAGUGCUGAGAGAGGGGACAUUAAAGGAUAUUCAGACUCAUGAUGUGGAACUCUAUGAGCACUGGAAAACCCUGAUGAAUCGACAAGACCAGAAGCUAGAAAAGGAGACCGAACUGGAAAGUCAGACCACUCUUGAGAGGAAGACUUUGAGGAGAGCGUUCUAUUCAAGAGAAGCGAAGAACCAAAUUGAUGAUGAGGAUGAAGAGGAGGAAGUGGAGGAGGAUGAAGAUGACAACAUGUCCACCACCACCAGCCGACUUUCGAAGAUCCCAUGGAAGAUGUGCUGGAGAUAUCUGUCCUCAGGUGGCUUCCUCAUGGUCUUCCUCAUGGUGUUGUCCAAUUUGGCCAAACACUCGGUUAUGGUAGCCAUCGACUACUGGCUAGCAGCCUGGACCUCCUCAAACCCACGUAAUGAAAGUCUCGCCAAUACAUUUGACAAUGCAACCAAUUACAAACGGAACUAUGAUGUCACACAGAUCGCAGAGCAUCGUUCCUACAUGCCUGUGUUCAUAAUAUUGUGUGGGGCUGCAAUAGCCCUCUGCCUUAUCACUUCCCUGACUGUUGAGUUUCUGGGAGUGGCUGCUGCUACCAACCUCCAUCAUAAUCUACUCAACAAGAUCAUUCAUGCUCCCAUCAGAUUCUUUGAUAUCACCCCACUUGGACAAAUCCUGAAUCGUUUCUCAGCGGAUACAAACAUCAUUGAUCAGCAUAUUCCUCCAACUCUUGAGUCUCUUACCCGUUCAACUCUCCUUUGUCUCUCAGCGAUUGGGGUCAUUGCUUUUGUCACCCCGGCUUUCCUUAUCGCACUGGUGCCUCUUGCUGUGGCAUUCUACUUCAUUCAGAAAUACUUUAGGGUUGCUUCUAAAGAUCUGCAGGAUCUGGAUGACUCCACUCAGCUGCCUUUACUCUGUCAUUUCUCUGAGACUGCAGAGGGCCUCACCACUAUUCGAGCAUUCAGGCAUGAAGCUCGCUUCAAGCAGCGGAUGUUAGAGCUGACUGACACAAACAACACAGCAUACCUCUUUCUCUCUGCUGCCAACCGGUGGUUGGAGGUCAGAACUGAUUAUCUGGGUGCCGUGAUUGUCCUUACUGCUGCAGUGGCAGCUAUCUGGACCACAUCUCAGUCUGGUCUGAUCGGACUAGGUCUUACAUACGCUCUCACUGUGACAAAUUACCUGAACUGGGUGGUCAGGAAUCUGGCAGACCUAGAGGUCCAGAUGGCUGCAGUAAAGAAGGUUAACAGCUUCUUGAGCACAGAGUCUGAAAACUAUGAGGGAUCUAUAGAUGUCUCACAGGUACCAGAAGACUGGCCACAGCAUGGCGAGAUAAAGAUCCAAGAUCUGUGUGUGCGUUAUGACCCCAUGCUCAAAGCCGUCCUUAAACAUGUCAGUGCCCAAAUCAAGCCUGGACAGAAGGUGGGUAUCUGUGGUAGAACAGGCAGUGGAAAGUCUUCACUGUCUCUGGCCUUCUUCAAUAUGGUAGAUGUUUUUGAAGGAAAGAUUGUUAUUGAUGGCAUUGACAUCUGCAAGCUUCCACUUCAAACUCUAAGAUCCCGUAUGUCAAUCAUCCUGCAGGAUCCAGUGCUGUUCAGUGGCUCCAUCCGGUUAAAUCUCGACCCCGAGUGCACUUGCACUGACGACAGGCUUUGGGAAGCCCUGGAAAUUGCGCAAUUGAAAAAUAUGGUGAACGCACUUCCAGGAGGACUGGAUGCUGUGGUAACAGAAGGAGGGGAGAACUUCAGUGUGGGCCAGAGGCAGCUCUUCUGUCUAGCACGGGCCUUUGUCCGCAAAAGCAGCAUCCUCAUUAUGGAUGAGGCAACAGCUUCUAUAGACAUGGCCACGGAAAAUAUUCUUCAAAAAGUGGUGAUGACGGCGUUUGCUGAUCGGACAGUUGUCACCAUUGCUCAUCGAGUCCACACAAUCCUGACAGCUGAUCUAGUCAUAGUGAUGAAGAGAGGAAGCAUCAUGGAGAAUGGAAAACCAGAGAUACUCAUGGAACAAGAAGACGGCCUGUUUGCAUCUUUUGUCAAAGCUGACAUGUAGAGUCACUCAUCUCCAUCACCUGCUAUACCACUUUUGGCCUUAUAGAAACAGCAGCCACUUUUGCCUGUGAAUCGGCAUUGGAAAGGACUGACCUACUGCUGAAACUGAUUGAAGAACCAGGUCUUUUGAACUGUUACUGUUUUAUAUGAAACUUAAGCACAGUAUUAGAUUUUCUCUUUUUUUAGCAUUUUGUUACCUUUGGGCUCUUUUUCUAAUGACACAUGUAUUCUGAAACACAUACUGUAAGCAAUAAGCAUGUACUGUAUAUCUACUGUGUUUUGACUAGUACCAACACUGUACAGAGUAUGUCUCCUUUUCCGAGGCCUGACACUCUUCUCUGUCUGUCUGAAGUACAUUGCUGAUAGAUAUAGAUCUUCAUAGGACAAAUAUAGCUGCUCCCCAAAGCCUGCACUCUCUGUACUCUACAUACAUGUUGCCCUCUAGAGAGAACUGUGAGCCCUCACUUUCUGGGGAGUGGCACAAUACCCACCAAAUACACCCUUAUUUGUUAUUCACAGCCAAUGUAUAUAUGAAAGUGAUUGUAUUUUAUACUUUGUGCUGUAUUUUAUACUUUGUGCUGUAUUCCUCUUAUGCAAAUACUUAACCAAAUGUGGCGUCUAAUUUUGUGUUGCAGAAUCAGUGGCCCUUGUAUUUGUCUGCUUUUUGUUGAUUCAGUCAUUUUACAUGAAUCUCACAAAAAAUGUCAAUGACGGUGCCAUGUUUUUGGCUUACAGUAAGGAGAAUUUGCUGAAAAAUGCUUAAAUGUCUGGAAAAUCCCUAAAAUAAUGUUAACACGCAUAUCAUUUAAGUCUUGUACCUAUAAUUUUGAAACAGUGAAUAUUUUAAUGUUUACGGAUUGGCCUCAUUUACUUCCAUUGGAAGUGCCUCAUUAUAACUAUUUUUUAAAGAAAAGCAGUGACAAGUUUAAUGAAAUUUUGUGGUAAUCAAGAUUAUGCCACAAUUUGCUGUUGACUGAGCAUAACUUGUAAUGUUUUUUCUUUUACUUUGGGGGUGAAAUAUGAUCUAAACUUUUCUUUAUAUCAGAUUUACCCAAUAUCUAAAUGGUUCACAUUCUAAUUUUAUACAUGGCUUUCUCUGCGAAAUCUAGUACUAAAUUUAUAAGUCUUAAUUUCAGGUUACUGUAAGUACAGGUUAAAGAUUCAAAUAACCUAUGCAGUUCUUCUCUCCUCAUGUGCUAUGAUGCUUUAUUAUGGUGAUGUAAAAACAUGCAGUGUCUGGACACCCAAGCAAUACACUAUAUAAAUGCAACACAGGUGACCACCUGUUUCUCUCAUCUUCCUUUAAAAGAGUGCCAGUCUGCCAUCUUCCCUAUUUCAACACUGCUUUCUGGAACUGUCACAGCCAAGGAUGAUCCAAGCAAUAUGCUGUACAGUGAGUGUUUGUUCCUACAGUAAAAUUAUGGAUUACUCUGUUGGAAGUAAGAUGUUAGUGUAUUGUGGGAUAUUUUGUUAAUUGGACACUAACAGGGACAUUGAUUGUGAAUAUUGCAGCGAGCUGAGAUGUCACACAUGAGUAGUGAUUUUCCAGUAACUUGUGAAUUCAACCACGUGCGUAAAACUGCAGCUGACACACUUCACACACUCUGAUGAUAUGUAAACAGAAGAGAGCAGAAUGUCAAACGUCACUGCAGCACAGUUCAGCCUGUCAUUUCAGAGAACAAUUUAGUUUAUCAGCGUUGGCUGCAUAAUAGGUUUGAUUUAAAUGCAAUUUCAGGUAUUUGCAUGUCAUGAUGGACUGUUUUAAAUGUACAUAUGUAAUUAAUAUGGCAUUUGUACCAUGUACUUGUAAUAGAGCAUUGUACAGUGUGCCUAACUAUUUUUAGACAAGACAUGAAAUAAAUUGUUUGCUUUGUGUGUUUACCUCUCAUUGGGUAAGUUACUCAAAAAAGUAAUCCACUAUAAGUUACUAAUUACUUCACUACAAUUGUUAUCAGAUUGCACUACUCAUUGCUUCAUGGAAAAAGUACUUUAAAAAGUUACUUUCUAAAUACUUUUCACAGAAAGAUUUUUGCUUUUCUGCUUAAAGAAUUUAAAAUAAUGUCUAUUUUCUCCUUGUUUAUUGUUGCACUCAAUACAGUCAGCACCCCACAUUUCUACCUUACAAUGACUCAUUAAUGAGUCUUCAGCUGCCACAGAAACCCAAACAGACGUAUAGUAACAUGAAAUUCAUGGUUUAAAUGUCUUAUACAUGAAUAAUAAUAUUUUAGAAAUAUGUAUAACCAAAGUAAUGUACUUAAAAGUAAUUAACUUAAAUUUAAAGUAACUAACUGUAAUUAGAUAACAAUAAUUUAAAAU